AAGACAAUGUUUGCCAAGGGAGUCUCGCUAAUCCUCGAGCCCAUAGACGUCAGUGAUAAUUUGUCACUACACAUUCUUUCAACCCUUUGCCGAAGAAGACGCCCUUCUCUUCCAGGCAUACCUUUGCCUGCCGCACACAAGGUUAAAAAGCGCCGCAAAAAGCGCCGCAUCUUCUCCUCGACUGUUGCUGAGGAAUGAGAGCUGCUGCUCUUCUCCUCGGCCCGCACUCCUCCGCAUUACGAAGAUCUAGGUCACUGUCCAGGGCCACAGUCACAGCCUCCUCGUUACCCCCUCGUGGAAGGCGCCUCUUUGCAAUGGCUACGUCGUCACCGAAGCUUGAGGCUUCGCCCUCCGAAGACAACAUCUUUGCGAAUUCUUUCCAGGAUCUUGAUAUUCAGAGUGACAAGGGUCUUACACCAAGCCCUGUCCCGAGCCAACCAAGCUCCGAUCCACCACAAGCCGCCACCAACAACAAUAAACAACAAAAUCAAAGACGUCCAAAGCAAAAGAAGAAGCAAGAUCCGCCAAAGGUCUCGGAGUCAGACGAGCCCCUCAUUACACCGGUUGGAGACCCCUGGCCUCGGCCAUAUCACUUUGAGGGAGAUGGAUUGCGUCGGGUAGUUCCAUACCAUUAUACUUACAACACACAUUGCAAGGAGAGAUGGCGGAACAGACCCCUCCUUGAAAUCUAUGAAUCUGAAUUCAGGGACCGUCCGCUAGAGUACUAUCGGCAGUCGAUGAUACGGGGAACUAUCUUUGUUAACGGUCGGCGAGUCGGGCCCGAUUAUAUUCUCCGGAAUGGUGACCUCAUUUCUCACACUCUGCACCGUCAUGAACCUCCGGUAACAGAGGAUCCUGUACAGAUCAUCCACGAGGAUGAAGAUAUGAUCGUUAUCAACAAGCCCGCGGGUGUUCCCGUGCACCCUGCAGGCAGGUACAACUUCAACUCGGUUGUUGAGAUUAUGAAAUCAGACCGCGGCCCAGCAUUCUUGCCAUACCUCUGCAACCGCCUGGACCGUCUCACAAGUGGUAUCAUGUUCAUUGCAAAGAACCCACCUGCUGCAGAGGCUUUGGGCAUCAAGAUCAAGGACCGCACAGUGAGAAAAGAAUACAUCGCUCGAGUGAUGGGCGAGUUCCCCGAUGGCGAGGUUGUUUGCGACCAACCCAUUCUACAAAUAUCUCCCAAGCUUGGCCUUAACAGGGUGCGCGCGAAUGGCAAGACAGCCCGAACUGUGUUUAAGAAGUUGGCCUACUAUCCUGCCGAGGGAGAGAGCGAAGCAAACGACCGCCCGAAAACUCCUGAACAGGUUCAGGAGGAGAAACUUCGCCCUUGGGCAAACAAGAAGGGAUACUCCAUUGUUCGAUGUCUCCCUGUUACAGGUCGCACUCAUCAGUUGCGGGUUCACCUUCAACAUCUUGGCCAUCCUAUUCAAAAUGAUCCUAUCUAUGCUAACCGGCGGGUCUGGGGCGUUGAUCUGGGACAAAAUGACGCCGAUGCGACUCAUAACACAGACGAAGACAUCGUGAGCCGGCUGUCUCGGAUGGGCAAAGACGAAGUGGCGGAAGCUGUUGCUUAUUACGAUGCCAUGGUGGAUAGAUAUGAAGAGAAGAGGGCCGAGAAGCUUACGGGCGAGCUCUGCGACAUUUGCGAGACACCUCUUUACUCGGACCCUGGUGAACAUGAGCUAUCGCUAUGGCUCCACAGUCUUCGGUAUGAAGAUGCAGGCGGUGCCUGGUCAUAUGUUAGCCCGUUGCCUCGAUGGGCUCUUCCACCGAAGGGAAUGAGUGGCCCAACAUCGGUGGGUGGGAUGGAGGAAUUGGUGGAGGCGGUUAAGGACGAGAACCCUGAGAUAUCAUGAUAAUUGCCAUUCCGUACAACAAGCAAGCACCAAGCAAACAACUUCAGAUGCCUACACUACACUACAUAUGACGACCAUCCCGUGGACAACGCCACCAAAUUGAACGAGAUGGCAACUCGUAGAUACACAUGAGCAGCUGAACUAUAGCACAUCUUGGAUGAGAGUUGCAAAGCUGCCGAACCUAUCAGACAGGACCAGCUUGAUCCCCGGCGCCAGGGUGAGGAUCCGAUUUCCGGGUCAUCAUCCUGUGGAUCUACUAUUCGUGACCAGGGUCGGCCUAUCCCCGUCAGUAAAACAGGCAGACUAUGACUAUUUAGCUUAUGCAUGAGGGUUCCUAGCCCGUAUACACUGGAGGCUGAGCCAAGAUAGGGCUUGGCUUCGAAACCCUUGAACAUUCUUCGAAAUUGCAAGCCUAGGGUUUGUGUUGUUGUGAUGCGAGGCAUGCGACCGAUAUCUGUCUUAGCUACGGCCCCCUCGGGAUACCCUUCACCGGGUGAAGUUCACCCGGGAGCGCGGAUUUGUGACAGAUAAGCCCAAAGUUUAAGACAGGUCAGUGGUUCCAUGGUGGCUAACAACGGGCACUUACUACAGGCUUUGUCGACGCCAGAGGCGCAACAUGAAGCAACCAGUACGGAAGCCACUGACAGACUAAACUCAUCUCCUCACCCUUGGGACAACCAGUUCUCUGGAGCGGAACCGGGAGGAAUUAAGGCCAAUGAUUCUCGGAGGAAUUGGGUCAAUCUAAGCGAAGUACCCAUUCCACAGUGAACACAAGAUCAGAACAUACGAAGGACCCUAGAAAGAUGACCUCAGGGGGCAAGAAAACACCGAACCUU